UACUCUUCAAGCAUCUACUGUGGAGUAGGAACACAAUCUGCUACUGUCAUUUUCCUUUUAUUUAAAUAAUAAGCAAAAAAGGACUCCCCAACUGUACCUCUCUCUCUCUCUCUCUCAAACGCCUGCCCUUUCUCCUCCAAUAAAAGACCCCAGCCACAAUGGCCCUCGCAAGCCAAUCCCCAAUUGGUUUUGAGGGCUAUGAAAAGCGCCUCGAGAUUGUGUUUUCGGAGCCUCCUAUCUUUGCUGACCCCCAAGGCCUCGGCCUUCGAGCCCUAACUCGUCCCCACCUUGAUGAAAUUUUGGCUCCAGCUGAGUGCACCAUUGUGAGCAACCUCUCAAACCCACUUUUGGACUCAUAUGUUCUCUCUGAGUCCAGCCUCUUUGUGUACCCCCAAAAAAUCAUCCUCAAAACUUGUGGCACCACCAAGCUGCUUCUUUCAAUCUCUCCAAUAUUAAAGCAUGCCGCCUCUCUUUCUCUCGAACCGAUCUUUGUCAAAUACUCUCGAGGCUCCUUCAUAUUCGCUGGGGUCCAACCAGUGCCCCAUCGUAGCUUCACUGAAGAGGUGUCCACCCUUGAAAGCUUCUUUGGAAACAUGCUCAAAAGCGAGGCCUAUGUUAUUGGGGACCCAAAAACGCCCAACCAAAACUGGCAUGUAUACACGGCAAUGGCACAACAUACCGAGGGCCAACCCCCUGUUUUUACACUCGAGAUGUGUAUGACUGGGCUCGACCGAGAGUGCGCCUCAGUGUUCUACAAGAACAAUGGGAGCUCAGCCUCCACAAUGACUAAGCAUUCCGGCAUAUCUAACAUUCUUCCUGAAUUUGAAAUAUGUGAUUAUGAGUUUGACCCAUGUGGGUACUCUAUGAAUGGGAUUAAAGACUCAGCUUUCUCCACUAUUCAUGUGACCCCUGAGGAAGGGUUCAGCUAUGCAAGCUUUGAGGUGGCUGGGCUUGAUACUGAGAAGGUUAACCUCGGUGAACUGGUGGAGAGGGUCCUUCGGUGCUUUUUGCCAAAAGACUUUACAAUUGUUGUGCACUAUUCAGGUGGUGCAUGCUGGAGGGGUGGUGCGUACUCUUGGGGUGGAGCAUUGGAUGCGAUGCCAGGUUAUUGUUGCGAGAGAGUGGUGGAUCAGGGAUUGAAUGGUGAAGGCAAGCUUGCUUAUCAAAGCUUCUCUUUGAUGGAUAGUUGCUCUCCUAGAUCGGUGUUUGGGUGUUGGGGCCUGGACGAAGGUGAUUUCACGAGUGAGGAGGUGAGGACAAUAGUAAACUGUGGUGGUUGUGAGGGGCUUUAGGGUUUGUGACUGUAGAGGAAUGGCCUGCUGUCCUUUAGGUUACUGAGAGGAACACUUAUGAAUAAGCAUAUUGAUAUAUAGGCAUUUAUGGAAUAAUGGCCGUGAGUCUAUGUUGGUAUGUUUAGGGUUUAUUCUGGUUUAUUGUGUGUGGUCCCUUUGGGUCUCUCCUAGUAUUGUGGGGUUGUAAUAUGGUGCUUAUUAUGGGUUUCUUUUGACAUGCUCGAGGUCCUGUAGUUAAAGAUGUGAUGUGCAGUUGAAUAUUUGCUUAUAUAUUUUUUUGUGUAUUGUGAACAAAUUUUGUAUUGACUCUU